AUGAUGUUAGAUGAAAUUCAUAGACAAGAACGUGAAGAGCUAGAGAACAAGCUUGAAGCAAAAGAUGAAGUCAUUGAAGCAAAAGACAAAAGCCUUCAGAAAAGAAUACCACGUUCGGUACCAAAAGGAAAGGAAAAGAACUAUAAGUAUAUGAUUUAUACUGAAGAGAUGGAAAAAGAAGAAGACAGAGAUAUGGUUAUGUUGCAUUUAGUCAGAAGAAACAACAAAAGCUUUUACGACCUUGCUAAGAUUUACAAAUCUGACAGAAAUUGGUUCUAUCGCGAAAACUUACCGAUUUCAAUGACACCAAAUGAAGAUGUGAAACAAAUAGUUCAAGAUACGUUACCUCAAACACACUAUGAUAUUAAAGGUUGUACAAUUCUUACAUUCAAAGAAGAUUUGCCGCUACUGAAAGAAAAAAUAACAGAGUAUUUUGACAACUUCAAACAAGCAGAGUAA